AUGCGACCUUUGAAAUGCCCAUGUAACAUAUCGGUCUUCUUGUCUUUCAUUUGCCUCUUCUUCAGUGCAGUCUUUUGCGAGUUGGAUUGUGAUAUUUUGGACCCAGUGUGUAGAGCUAAAUAUAGAAAUGGUGUCCGCCACACGGACGCUCGCCGAAAGUUGAACCACAAAUGCAACUAUCAAGACAUCUGGCUGGUUCCAGGAAGAGCCGACGCUAGUUGUACCCGACCCGGUGCGAAGAAAGUUCUCGACAUAAACCCAAACCAAGUGCAUAUUAAGCCAGACGUUGUUCGAUUCCCUGGAUGUUUCACAUUGGAAAUCAAAAACGUAAAGGUCAAAGAUUUGCCAGAAGCCCUGGACAACAGUUUCUUCGCAAAAGCCGAGUAUCAGUGGUGGAAUGUGAAGGAUUUCUCGAAUAUGAAGUGCCAAAACGCCAGUAACAAUGGGUGUGGUGGAUAUGGAAAUAAUUGCUUCUUCUGUGAUGUUUGCGAAUCGUUGACCAAUCUGGAGCAAGAAGAAGCUGAGCAAUCGAACACAUUAGCUGGACAGCUCAAAGGAAUAAAUUGCCCACAGCGACCUGGUUUUUACACUUUUAGAAAAGAGUUCUGCUUCAAUGAUUGGUCGGCGUUCGACGCUGAUGGUGACUGUGAAAUGGACUUUUUGCAAGGGGACCGAGGAGACUAUAAGAGUGCUCUUGGAAGUUUACAGCAAGUUGGAUACGGAUCCGUCAUUGCAAAAAUCCGAUUGGCAUUCAAUGCGACUGGCGCGAUUCUUCGGAAACGACAGCUGAAAGAAGAGCAGAUCGAGGAGACAGUGGCAAAGGAACUAGAAGAGCGUAGAAGGACUUGGGAUGUCAAUAAUGGGCAGUUUGACAAAUUCAGUCAAUGGUAUAUCGAGUAUAGGAAGAAUUUAUGGCACAAAGAUGACUACCUCCCUUGGCUUCUCUAUGAGAACGAGAUCUCUUGCCUGAAACUGACAUUCGACGUUUGUGAAAGACCACCGAGACGUAUCAACUAUGGAGGUCGGAAUCGGUACACUUGUGAGAAUUGA